UAAUGCAUACAGCUUUGGUUGCUGGUUAGGCCGGUUCGAUGGCCCUGUAUGAAUUAGCAGUUUUUGAUCCUUCUGACCCUGUUCUUGAUCCAAUGUGGAGACAGGGUAUGUUCGUUAUACCCUUCAUGACUCGUUUAGGAAUAACAAAUUCCUGGGGCAGUUGGAGUAUCACAGGGGGGACUAUAACGAAUCCGGGUAUUUGGAGUUACGAAGGUGUGGCUGGAGCGCAUAUUUUGUUUUCUGGGUUGUGCUUUUUGGCAGCUAUCUGGCAUUGGGUAUAUUGGGAUCUAGAAAUAUUUUGUGAUGAACGUAUAGGAAAACCCUCUUUGGAUUUGCCCAAGAUCUUUGGAAUACAUUUAUUUCUUGCAGGUCUAGCUUGCUUUGGUUUUGGUGCAUUUCAUGUAACAGGCUUGUAUGGUCCUGGCAUAUGGGUGUCCGAUCCUUAUGGGCUAACAGGGAAAGUACAAUCUGUAAAUCCAACGUGGGGUGUAGAGGGUUUUGAUCCUUUUGUUCCGGGAGGAAUUGCCUCUCAUCAUAUUGCGGAAGGGACUUUGGGCAUAUUAGCAGGUCUAUUCCAUCUUAGCGUCCACCCGCCCCAACGUCUAUACAAAGGAUUGCGUAUGGGCAAUAUUGAAACUGUCCUUUCCAGUAAUAUCGCUGCUGUCUUUUUUGCAGCUUUUGUUGUUGCCGGAACUAUGUGGUAUGGUUCAGCAACUACCCCCAUCGAAUUAUUUGGGCCUACUCGUUAUCAAUGGGAUCAGGGAUACUUCCAACAAGAAAUAUAUAGAAGAGUUAGUACUGGGUUAGCCGAAAAUCAAAGUUUAUCAGAAGUUUGGUCUAAAAUUCCUGAAAAAUUAGCCUUUUAUGAUUACAUCGGAAAUAAUCCGGCAAAAGGGGGAUUAGUCAGGGCGGGCUCAAUGGAUAACGGGGAUGGAAUAGCGGUUGGAUGGUUAGGACAUCCUAUCUUUAGAGAUAAAGAAGGCCGUGAACUUUUUGUACGUCGUAUGCCUACCUUUUUUGAAACAUUUCCGGUCGUUUUGGUAGACGGAGACGGAAUUGUUAGAGCCGAUGUUCCUUUUCGAAGGGCGGAAUCUAAGUAUAGUGUCGAACAAGUAGGUGUAACUGGCGGCACCCGGAUUUGA